CUACCGCCAGGUUGGGAAAUGUACAUUGAUAACGCAAGCAGUUGUCCAUAUUUUGUGGAUCACAAUUCGAAGACUACGACUUGGGACGACCCCAGAAUGUCGAUGGUAAAACCUACCAAAACACAAGAACAGGUUCCCAUGGAAACGGAACCUGAACUACCAAAACAACCUCCAAAACCGAAAUCAGCGGAAGAGCGAGCCAAUGAAACGAUAGAUGCUGUUACUGAAGAAGUCAGGGAUCUUGAAGCCAAAGUUAACGCGUUUGCGGGAAAAAGCAAGGACAAAGAAUAUAAAUUUCUGGAGGAGAUGCUGACACGCGAGUUGAUAAAAUUGGACGGAGUUGAGGCGGAAGGACACGAUGACAUCAGAAUGAGGCGUAAACAAACUGUCCGUUAUAUCCAACAAACUAUAGACAUGCUGGAACUAAAAGCCAGCUCCAAUGAACAAACAAGUCAA